GGUUUAAAUCAUUUAAGGAGUAUAAAUCAAUAAAAGCGUCCAGUCUAUUUAGAGUUUUUUAACAAUCGAAGUAAAUUGAACUAUUUUUCAUUGAAUAUGACAUCGAAAUUCUUUAUUUAACAUUAAUGAACGAUUGUUUUGUAAGUAAAACCCAGUCGCGCGUGAGUAACAGAAACUCUUGUCUGAUUUCGUUUCUUAUAUCGUGAAGGAGUUCCAGACACGACUUCGGUCUCUGGCAUGUACUGUUAGGAAAAUCUGAGCUUUCUGAAACUCCGAGUGAACUGAACCAAACAGUAACUUGGCACAAUGAUUCAGAUCACGGCAGCUGACGACCCCUGCAGGAUAAAACCGUGAACAUACAACGAGAACACCAGAGUCUAAUAAUGACUACACAAAAACACAAAUGCUUUCAAGAAAUGCGAUCUUCAAAUCAUUAAAUACUAAAUAUUAUUCAUACAAACAUAUAUGUGGACUUUAUGUAUACAUUGUGUUCUUUAUAAGGUCAUUUAUAAUAUCAUUGCCCCUCUGCCAGUCUACUGACCACUGAACCAGGGAGCUUUUUCAGACUCACACAGAGAUUUGGAUCUUUCAUUUCUUUCUGUUAAUUAUUCUCAAACGCACAGAAAAAAAAAAAAAGAAAAUCCUGUUGAAGCAUCUACGAGGUCUACAUGACAUACUAUUAAAAGAUGGCAAUUAUUAAAGAAGAGAGUGAAGACAUGAAGAUUGAAGAAGCAUUGAGAGUAAAGCAUGAAGAUACUGAGGAACAAACAGGUGCAGGAGGAUGCCAAGGAGAGCUUGGUUCGGUGUUGCUGUCUGUCUCUCUGCGUGCGCAGCGAACACUCAACCUGAUGACACUGAAAGAGGAGAGUGAAAAACUAAAUGAAAUGGAAGAAAAAGACCAGAAACGUGAUUUCAUGAUUGUAGAAAAAUCCACAAAGACUAAGAAGUCAUCCUCACGAAAAAGAAGUCAGAAGACAGAAUCUAGCAGUUAUUUCACCUGCCGCCAGUGUGGAAAGAGACUGACUAAUAAACAAAACCUUGACGUCCACAUGAGAAUUCACAAUGGAGAGAAGCCUUUUACCUGCCAACAGUGUGGAAAGAGUUUCACUCAAAAACAAAACCUUAAAGUCCACUUAAGAGUUCACACUGGAGAGAAGCCUUACAAAUGCACUCAGUGUGGACAGGGUUUUACACAUAAAGGAAACCUUAAUGCCCACAUGAGAAUUCACAAUGGAAAGAACCCUUACAACUGCAAACUGUGUGGGAAGAGCUUCUCACGAAAAGAAAGUCUUAAUGCCCACAUGAGAAGUCACACUGGAGAGAAGCCAUUCAUAUGUGGCCAGUGUGGAAAGGGUUUAAAAUGUAAAGAAACCCUUAAUUGCCACAUGAGGAUUCACUCAGGAGAGAAUUGUCUUACAUGUCAUCAAUGUGGAAAGAGUUUCAGUCAUAAAAGAAGCCUUAAUACUCACAUUGUAAUUCACACAGGAGAGAAGCCUUUCACCUGCCCUCAGUGUGGAAAGAGUUUCUCACUUAAAGGAAACCUUAAGACUCACAUGAGACUUCACACCGGAGAGAAGCCGUUCACAUGUCUUCAGUGCAAGAUAAGUUUCACAUAUCAAAGAGACCUGAAACAUCAUUUGCAAACUCAUUCUGAAAAUAAAUUGCGAGUGUGACAAGGUUAACGAAAAGAAGCAAUUUCAAAAGUUGCCUGAACAUUCACUCUGGAGGAAGGCAGUUUAAUUGUGAUCAGUGUAACAAAAAAUAAUAAUAAUUUGCCACACUCAUGCAGAUGUUCAUGUUCUUUGUUUGUAAAGUGUUUUAAAUCAGGGGUUCCCAAAGUAGGGUUCAGGACCCCCCAGGUGGUCGCCUAACCACGAGAAAGGGUUGCAGGAUGAUUUCCAGAAAUCAAAUAAUUUUUUAAGGAUUAGAAAUAUUGUUACAUUUUAUAACUUGAAUUAAAACUAAAACUCCAGAAUGUUGCCCACCCAACCAAUUAGGUAAGAUUAAUGUUGAAAUGUAAGUAAUGAGUAAAUUGCUAUAAAAUAA